AUGGAUCUUGGAAAAGACGUCCAACAAAGGCAACGAGAUGAGAGCAACCAGAGCCGAGACAGCGAUGAAAUUGGCACAGAUGGACUAGAAAGAAGUGGGCCGAGUGCAUUACAAGGUCUGUUGCGCCGCCUUGGAGCUGACCUGAUGCCCGGCCCUUUUGGUACCUCUCCUUCUAGACUGCAACAGCUUCGCGCCGCUAUUUCGUCGCCGUCGUCGGCGGGUGGAGAGCAGCAAAUUGAGGCACUUUCGGAAUUGUGUGAGUUUCUUUCGGUUGGGACUGAAGAGUCCCUUAUUUCUUUCUCUGUCAACUUGUUUGUUUCACCGCUCGUUAAUUUACUACAAACGGACUCGAAUACAGAAGUGAAAAUUUAUGCCGCUAGGGCGCUUACGCAUAUGAUGGAUGCAUUGCCGUCGUCAUCCUCUGCCAUUGCUAACCACGGCGCGGCCGAGCCUCUUUGUCAGAACCUGCUCUCCAUCGAGUACAUUGAUUUAGCAGAACAGUCUCUAUCUGCUCUUCACAAGCUGAGUGUCGACUAUCCCCAACAAAUUGUCAGGGCGAAUGGUUUCCAAGCCGUACUGUCCUUCAUCGACUUUUUCUCACUAAGCAUGCAACGGGUUGCGGCUGCUACAGCUUGCAAUCUUUGCCGUCAGCCUCAAUCGAAUGCAUUGGACAUGAUCAGAGGUGUCAUACCAACUAUGAUGAGACUCAUGGAUUCCGACGACCAGAGAAUUCGAGAGUCUACAGUCCUUGGGUUUAUGAGAUUGGCAGAGUCCUUUCGAACCAGCGCACCAAAUCUUGAGGUUCUAUGUGGGGAGGGAGGAGCUUUAAUCGAGCGUAUUCUUCUGCUCAUCGUACCCCCGUCUCCUCCAUCUCUGGCGCCUCAAUCGUACUCAUACGUUUUGCGUCUCUUGAGUAUUCUGUGCCGUGGGAACGUGACAGUAGGGCUGCGAGUCCUUUCAGAUAAGCCAUUUAUAGAAAGGAUUGAAUCCAGAUUGAGCUCCGGAUCAACGUUGUAUUGCCUUGAUUGUCUGGCUUUGGUUGAAAGUCUACUGCCAUAUGCUCAGGAAGACAUGCAGGAGCCAGAGCGGGCACUGCCAACUCGACCCCGUCGACGACGAGGGUCCACGGGCAGCGCUACGAUGGCAUCGGUCAACAAACUCCGACGAGAACACUUGGAGAAGAACUCAGAACCUUUACGAUUCUUCGGCGAAACACUGUUGUCAACGCUGAUGAAAUUAUACGUCUCCUCAGCAGACAUUAACGCACGCCAGCAUGCGUUAUCAACAAUUUUCAUGUUCAUUCAUGCCGCUCCUGCGGAUGUAUUGACGAAUAUCGUCAAAGAGGAUACGUCAGGUGCCACGAAACUCACUACGCGAGACUGCACAUUAAGCUUUUGCUCAUUUGUAGCAGGGUUGCUAGGAGAGAACAGUACUCCAGGAGAAGCUGAAGUCGGGUUGGAGAUGGCUGACGCUACAUUGCGAAAGCUUCCAUCACUCCGAGAGAAAUUCCUGAAAGAAGGAGUGAUGAAUGAGAUUGCCAGACAUGCAGGCAUUGCUGUGGGCUCUGACAAAGAGGACAGCCAAAAGACUGACGAGCGAAUGCGAAACGCUCAGCGCCAUUCUGAGUCCAAGGGACAAAGUAUGAUUCAAAGAUUACGAGCUUCUCGAUCCUUGGAGGAUACGACUUUGCACGCAGCCCUCGGUAAUGCAGAAUCUCCUCGAAGUGAUGCCGAUUCGGAAGGGGAGGACGUAAUUCGUGAUCAAAUUGAGGAACUUCGUCGGUUCACGAGGGCUUCGAUGACAGCUAGUCGUGAUGGUCGCUCGCACACUGACGAAGAUUUUGAUCCGCUGCUCGCUGGAAAGGCGCAAAAGUUUUUGAGUGAUCACCUAAGGACCAGCCCAGAUGCCCCCCUUGAUGAAAAGUGUUUCGAAAGUCCUGCACUGGGCCCGCUUUCCAUUAUCCGAAUGUCGUUUUCUGAGGCUGACUCUCCUGACGGCGAAAUUCGUGCAGCUCGUGCGCUGUCAGAUCUCGUCCAGCGAUUAACUGCAUCAGGCGGGUUGACAGCAUUUGAGGUAUCAAAGAGCAGUCUAAUGGAGGGCCUGCAUGAAUACCUAUCAACGUCCGACUUGAAAUUAAAGUCCUCUCGAAUCGCGUGUCUUAUCGACAACUUAAACACAAGGAGUAAAGACGGGGCUUUUUCUCGUCUUGUGGGUUUGGGGUUAGGAGUUAUCCAGUCUCAGGAAAACCUGGCAAUACAGACGAACCAGUCCUUCGCCAGUAGCGUCUCGAAUCAAGUCAGUGCUGGACUUCGACAACUAGCCCAGCCAUUCAAACUGCGAUUGCGUAAAUGCGCAGACAACGACACCGAGCAAUUGCGGGAUUACUCCCACCACAUAGUUCUGAUUGAGCCACUGGCAACCAUGGCCAGUAUAGAAGAUUUCUUGUGGCCGAAAGUGGAUCGCCCAGACGAUGAAGGUGUGGUGGGUUUGAGCCACAGAAGGCGACUGGGGCGUGGUCGCGAAGGGCGCGCCUCCCGCGAUAGAAACUUGCAUCAUGGCACUGACAAUGGGAGAGGUACAAACCGGGAAACUGGAAGCAUGCUGCAUAAGAGGGGCUCUGGGAGAGAUAUCGAUGCCCCUGCAGAUGCUGAGAACGAUCAUGUUAUUGAGGAUGAUGACUGUGAUGGGAGCAAUGGCGUAUCAGACGAUGACGCCAGCUCUGCAGAUGACGAGGGGGACGUUAUUGAGCAAGAUUUCCACAGCAGUCCAGGCCGAGAGAUGGAUGCGGCAGAUGCAUUUGACUUGGACCAUUUCAGUACAACACUACCUGCUUUUGAAUUGGAUCAUGAAGCCCUGGGACAAACCCCUACACCUCGGACUUCUCGCCGAGGGGAAUCUCAUAGACACGGGUUGCAAAGGUCAGCGUUUGCCCAUCGCCACGCGUCGAACUCGUCUGGCUCCUUCAGUUCCUACGCUGCAGCGUUGGCAGCAAACGUGCCACACUCAAGUGACCGCAUUUCGUUGCUGGGGACGAGGCGUCGUGCGAGUCGAGGGUUUGGCCCUGGCUCUUCAACUCGUCCGGCCGAGAUAAGUGCUGCCCAAACUGCACGUCUCAACUUCACCCUGAACGGUAAGGAAAUAUCUCAUGACAGCUCAAUUCUAUCUGCUGUAAUAGGGUGUGCCCCGAAAGACCGUGAAAUUGGGUCCCGUCUUUGGUCAGAAGUGCACAUACUGGAGUAUUCCACGUGUGAAGGCCAAAAGCCGAGUGAUAGUUCGCGUGGAGAUCGUGCAAGUCCUGCCGGUGUUGAUAAUUUAGUCCAUAGUUCCGCAAACGCGGACAGGACUGGUUCGGUUAGAAGGUCGCCCCGCUUCAUGGGGAAUCAAAGCAAGACACAAGGCAUAACGGUUGAGAGGAGGCAGUCCCGUGAUGGAAGCUCAAAUAGCAGCUUUGCUUCUAAGGUUAACCUUACGAAUAAGGUGAUUCUUGCAACAGCAAGGACACUGACGCCCCCCCUACCAUGUUCCAUGUCGGCAUCUAUAGAGGUACUUCGGUACCUUCAUUGGAUGCAUGAGAGAAGCAGGGUUCAUCUUCAAAAGUGUCUUCCCGGUGGGCUAAACAUUGUGAAUGACGACGGCCAUCUUCAUUUUCACAGCUACAAGCUCAGCGCGAAACUUCUUCGUCAGGUGUCAGAUCCGAUCGCACUAUGCGGAGGGAUGAUACCAGAAUGGUGUUUUUCAGUGUGUAGGGAUGCUUCGUUUCUUAUACCUUUUGAAACGAGACAGGCAAUGUUUCAGUCAACAGCAUUGGGGGUUGCGCGUGCGUUACACCUUCUGCAGACUCGUGUAGAUAUGUCAGGGACUGCGAUCUCAUCUAAUCAUGGAAGCCGGGGACAAGAUGAUAGCGAACCCCGAAUAGGGCGGAUUCAGCGACAGAAGGUGCGAUUACAUAGGGGGCGUCUUCUUGAAUCUGCAAUCAAGGUUAUCAACAUGUAUGGUGCCCACACCACUGUACUAGAAGUGGAAUAUUUUGACGAGGCUGGCACUGGUUUGGGUCCAACCCUAGAAUUUUACACUUUGGCCUCCAGGGAGGUGCAAAGAGCGGACCUGGCUUUAUGGCGAAGCAAUACUUCCACUAAUGGAUCACGAGAAAAUCGCCAGAACGUCGUCCAUCGCGCGGCUUCGGUCGAAUCGGGCACCCUCCCUGGGCCGAAUCGUCCCACUGCAGCAGUGAAGAGGCGCAGUCGCAGACACAUCGCAAGCGCAACUGAGGUAUCGCCAUCCGCUAGCGCCACUGGCACAUCUUUCACUCCCGAAUAUGUCGUUCCGACGGGAAGAGGUCUUUUCCCGUCUUGUACGACCGGUUCAAGAAAUGGGACCUCUCCUUUAUCAUCAAAAAGCGCUCCACUGUAUUCGUUCGUUGGACGUCUCUUAGGGAAGGCCAUUGUCGACGGCCGUCUUCUUGAUCUUCGCUUCUCACAAAGCUUUUCACGACUCUUGCUCGCCUACUGCAGAGUCUAUCAUAACAAAGCUAUCGGACAUUCCGCGAAUGCCUCGCCUGGAAGCCGUAACCGUCGGGGGAAGAGUUCACUUCCGUCUCUUACGGACAGCUGUAGAGCGGAAGUGUGGAAGCUGUAUACGGAUGGUGUGUCUGCGAUGGAACUUUUGGAAAACGUCGACGGACAACUAGCACUUUCACUGACAAAGAUCUUGGAGAUGGUAAGAGAUAACCAACCAGAAACAGUCGAAAGCCUAUGCCUCAAUUUCGUUCUUCCCGGGUAUGAUGAAGUGGAGGUUAUAGAGAACGGUGCACAAGUGGACGUGACGCUCGGGAAUGCGGAGGACUAUGUGAGACGGGUGGUGUACUACACUGUGUUCAGAGGUGUGCAAGCUCAGACGGAAGCUCUGCUUCACGGGCUGCAAGAGAUUCUCGACGUCAAGAGCUUACUUUUCUUUAAGUAUGACGAACUGGACCUCUUGAUGUGUGGUCCGGCCUUUGAGACGUGGACAGAAGACUUCCUUGUUCAGGCGACCCGUUGCGAUCAUGGAUUUAGUCACGAAAGUGCAGCAGUACGGUAUCUUCUUCAGAUACUGUCUGAAAUGGACAGCAUUGAACAGAAGCAAUUUGUUUUGUUCACCACGGGAUCCCCUGCUCUGCCAUUGGGAGGUUUGAAGAAGUUGCAUCCACGACUAACGAUAGUACGCCGCACCCCUGAGAAUGAAUACUCUCCGGAUGAAUGUCUCCCAACAGUCAUGACUUGCACGAAUUACUUCAAGUUGCCUGACUAUAGUUCACUAGAAAUAGCUCGAAAGCAGAUAAUGUAUGCCGUGCGUGAAGGCCAAGGAUCUUUUCAUCUGUCUUAAGUUUCGAGAUAUCGGCAAUCACUUCAAUGAUAUUCUGCUUGCCGUACUGGUGAAGUAGAAGAACAGUCCUUGACCAGAUUGUAAACUAAAUCGAUUACCCUUUUGU